CGAUUGUUAACUUCAUACUGACAUUUUGCAGGUUAUGAAUAAGCAUAAAUAGUUGAAUAAAAUUAUAUUUAAUAAAAGAUUAGAAGAUAUAAAGUAAAAUAUAAUUUAAUAAAUAUGAAUACCAAUUUUAAAUUAGCUCAGUUGGCUGGAGAUGAUUCUAGUGGAGAAAAAUCUAGGACUUUUGUUUUUCAAGACGAAGGACAUACUUUAGGAAAUGCUCUUAAAAGCAUAAUAAGCCGAUAUCCAGAUGCAGAGUUUGUUGGCUACACAGUUCCCCAUCCAGCCGAAAACAAAAUGCACUUCCGAAUUCAAGCCAAACAAGGCCGAGCUGCUGAUUUGCUUAGACGUGGCCUGGAGGAUCUUGAAAAAGUCUGUGAUCAUGUACUGGAAACAUUUGAAGAGAAAGUACAAAUAUUUCAAGCAAAGUCACAGGGUUUGUGAUGAUAUUAUUUAACAAAACAUUUCGUUUAUUCAAACUUUAUACAUAUAUACAAUAUAAUGAAAGU